GACCCAUGUGUUGGAUAAUUCGAAAUCGUAGUUUCAAGUCAACUGCGUUGCUGAAUGAAGAGCAGUCGUGUUACCAUACCGGGUCUGACAGGAGAAAGACAGUCCUCGUUUUACCUUGGGAAUUGUAUAUUUCGUGAUAAAUAAGAUAUACAGAGAGCGGGGUUAAUUUAAAUUCAAUAUAAAGUCAACAACUUGGGUUUUCAUUGGGGCUCCAUUUUAAAGUCAGAAUUGUCAAAAUGUUGAGUGUUGCAAGAACAGCUUCAAGGUCUCUCCCCUCUCCAAACUGCUCAAGAAGUGUGUCCUCCUUGAUAAAGAAGGCUUGCUGGAAUGGAUUUCAGCAAGAUGCUCUCAGGUCUGUGGCCAGAUGUGACUAUUCAUCAGAGGCAAUCAAAGGAUCAGUGAUUGGGAUUGAUCUGGGUACAACAAACUCCUGUGUGGCGGUUAUGGAGGGAAAACAAGCAAAGGUACUGGAGAAUGCAGAGGGAGCAAGGACAACACCUUCAGUGGUCGCCUUCACAGCUGAUGGCGAGAGACUUGUUGGCAUGCCAGCCAAAAGACAGGCAGUCACAAACCCUAACAACACCCUCUAUGCCACCAAGCGUCUCAUUGGUCGUCGUUACGAUGAUGCAGAGGUUCAGAAGGACAUGAAGAACGUGCCCUACAAGAUUGUCCGUGCUUCUAAUGGUGAUGCCUGGGUCGAGGCCCAUGGAAAGCUCUACUCCCCCAGCCAGGCUGGUGCCUUCGUGCUGAUGAAGAUGAAGGAGACAGCAGAGAACUACAUGGGUCACAAUGUGAAGAAUGCAGUGGUCACCGUGCCAGCCUACUUCAAUGACUCUCAGAGACAGGCCACAAAGGAUGCUGGUCAGAUUGCUGGGCUGAAUGUGCUGCGAGUCAUCAAUGAGCCCACUGCUGCUGCUCUGGCCUACGGUCUGGACAAGACUCAGGACAGAAUCAUUGCCGUCUAUGACCUGGGAGGUGGCACCUUUGACAUCUCUGUCCUUGAGAUCCAGAAGGGCGUGUUUGAGGUGAAGUCCACAAACGGAGACACCUUUUUGGGUGGAGAGGACUUUGACCAGCACCUACUGACCCACAUUGUGAAGGAGUUCAAGAGGGAGUCUGGAGUUGACCUGACCAAAGACAGCAUGGCUCUGCAGAGAGUAAGGGAGGCAGCCGAGAAAGCCAAAUGUGAACUGUCAUCAUCCCUGCAGACCGACAUCAAUCUGCCCUACCUGACCAUGGAUGCCUCUGGCCCCAAGCACUUGAACAUGAAGUUGACCCGCUCCCAGUUUGAGGGCAUUGUGUCUGACCUGAUCCGCAGGACAGUGGCCCCCUGCCAGAAGGCCAUGCAGGACGCUGAGGUCUCCAAGGGGGACAUCGGAGAGGUGCUUCUGGUCGGUGGCAUGUCCCGUAUGCCCAAGGUCCAGCAGACAGUCCAAGACCUGUUUGGCCGUGCUCCCAGCAAGUCAGUCAACCCAGAUGAGGCUGUGGCCAUUGGAGCUGCCAUCCAGGGAGGUGUUCUGGCUGGAGAUGUUACUGAUGUGCUCCUUCUGGAUGUCACACCACUGUCUCUCGGUAUCGAGACCCUCGGAGGGGUGUUCACCAAACUCAUCAACAGGAACACAACCAUUCCCACCAAGAAGGGACAGGUGUUCUCAACAGCAGCUGAUGGUCAGUCCCAGGUGGAGAUCAAGGUGUGCCAAGGGGAGAGGGAGAUGGCAGCAGACAACAAGAUCCUGGGACAGUUCACUCUGGUUGGAAUCCCCCCUGCCCCACGUGGAGUACCCCAGAUCGAGGUCUGCUUCGACAUUGACGCCAAUGGAAUCGUCCACGUCUCUGCCAAAGACAAGGGCACAGGCCGCGAACAGCAGAUUGUUAUCCAGUCCUCUGGUGGCCUUAGCAAGGACGACAUUGAAAACAUGGUUAAGAACGCAGAGAAGUAUGCAGAGGAGGACCGGAGGCGAAAGGACCGUGUUGAGGCUGUUAACCAGGCCGAGGGCAUCGUCCAUGACACUGAAUCCAAGAUGGAGGAGUUCAAGGAUCAGCUCCCUACUGAUGAGUGCAACAAACUGAAGGAAGAGAUUGCCAAAGUGAGAGACUUGCUGUCACGGAAGGAUGAAGAGACUGGCGAAAACAUCAAACAGGCUGCCACCACCCUUCAGCAGGCAUCACUCAAACUCUUCGAAAUGGCUUAUAAGAAGAUGGCAUCAGAGAGGGAAGGUAGCAACGGCGGCUCUGGAUCGUCAUCGUCAGAAGGUGGAACUGGAGAGAAGAAGGAAGGCCAGCAGUGAAACCUUUGCACUUGUGGUUGUCUGGAGACAUGGACUGAUGGGCUUGGGAUUGUAGACCUGUUGUCCUGAGUGGCAGCUAUUGUAUUCUAGUCAUUCUCACAUGCUGUGUUUUUGCAGUAAAAAGUAUACUGUAUAUGUCAUUGAGUACAUUUGCAUGCACAGUAAUAAUUUGAUAUUAAACAGAUUAUGGCAGUAGGCAGAUUACGCAAUAGUCAUGUAAACACCUUACUCUGCUUAUCAUAAUCGGCGUACGGUCAAAAUCAAAGUAAGCAUACGCUGAUUAAAACACCAGGACAUGUGAACAUUUUGUAAUCGGCGAAGUGAGAGUUCAGAAACAACUGAAUGUAUGCGUCUUGGGAAUCAUAUAUGUGGUGGUAGAAUGCUUUGAUUGCCGAUUUUCUGCAUUUUUCAGAGUGCCAUCGGGUAGCCUGAUUUCAUUUGUCCAUGUAAACGUGAUUAUUAGGGAAAUCGUUCUUCUUGCAAAGCUUGUAAAUGUUUAAAUUGAACUAUUUAUAUUAAUCUGACUAUCCAGAAUAAUCUCAUUAGUGUGUGCAUGUAACUAUACUCAGUGUAUGUUCCUCCACCCCUUUGUAAUUUAAUUGUGAUAGACUAUAUAUCCUGUCCAUUUUUAAGAAAAAUUAUUUACAUCUUGUGAAGUAGUGAACUGUUUAUAGCAAUUGUGUUAAGUCUGACUGUGAUGCCAUUUUGGGUUUCAUUUUUCAAUGUAGCUCUGCUGGUCUAGACAACAGUGGAAAUGCAAUAGAAGAAGCUUGGCUUUUCUCUAGCUCCAUCCUGUUUAUCUGCUCUAUGAAAACAGCAUAUGUACAGUGAUAUGAGUAGCGUGUGUGUGUGUGUGGUUAAAGAUGUAUAAUACGACAAUACAGCUGCAGGGUUUUAUUUCUAUUCUUUUGAAUCUUUAUUUGUUAUUCCAUUCAGUACAGAAGAGCACUCAUUCUUCUUGACUUUGUCAUGGGUAUAAGCUGAGAGAAUGAUUAGAAGCUACCAUGCAUACAAAUAGAUUUCGUUUUGCCAUAACUAUUGUAUGACGUUUGAGCUGCUGCCUAUCUGACAGAUAUAAUUGGCAGCAGUAGUCUGUGAAAAUGAGAAAAUAACCAGUCUGGUAUGAGGUGGAUUUAUUGUCAAAUUUUAGAUUGAUUUGAUAUUUGGGUUCUCAAUUACGGUUGCUAACUUUCCUAAUAAAAUUCUACAUUUCAACAGUGGUUUUGGAUAUGAGAAAUUGGCAAUACAUUCAUUGUACUUUUGCUGCGACUGAGGCAGAUGAUGUGGAGUCAAGCCAAAUGUAUUUGUCACGGCCAUUAACCAGGUUUCCACCGAAAUCGGUGAACUUUACCAAUGUCGACAAAAUACACUCAAUAAUGUGGCAACUUUUUGUGGAGGUAAAAUUCCUUAUGCGAGAAUUGUCGGUGGAAACGCUUUAACGCGCAAAUAUUUAUGAAUAUUGACAUAACAAUCAUAUCCAGGUUAUAUCACAACCAGUCGUGAAUAUUUGUUAGCCCAUAAGGCGGCGCACAAUUGGUCGGGGUUUGGCCGGUGUAAAUAAGAAUUUGCUCUUAACUGACUUGCCUAGUUAAAUAAAGGUUACGUUUAAAAAUAAAUAAUGUCGUAGUAAACUGCGUCACGCGAUGACGUGUGGUCCUCCCACUACGACUCGCCGGGAAUGCGGGCAGUUUAUUGCCGCGUUCAAUACAACUGGGAACUCGUAAAUAUCUGAUUUCAGUGUGUUCAAAACAUCUGGGAACUCGGGAAAAAAAUUGAAUGGUCAUCCAACUUGGGCAUUACCGCGUUCAAAACAACUGGGAACUUGGAAAAAUAGAUGCCAGUGAUCUUCAGGUCGGAUAGUCGGCGCUCUAGGAGGCCCGAGAUCCCGAGUUGGAUGACUGUUACAAUCGAUUUCUCCCAUUCGGACCCCCCCUUCAAUUGAUACAUUGAAGUCAGAUAUUCCUAAAUUCCCAGUAGUUUUGAACGCGGCAUAAGGUCACAGCGCCAACGUUUCUUUCUUGGAGGUAUAGACCUAUCCCACAAUUCACAGCGGAACUGUAGUCUAUGGUGCCAACAGGACUAUAAAUUUGCAAGGGACUGGAUUUCAGUCUUUUUUUUCUCUGACAUGACAAUGAAGGAAAUCCUGCUGAAUGAAUUCCAACUAUUGAAGGAAAACUUUAAUCUCUCAAUUAAAGUCUCUUCCAACUCUAUAAAAUGUUUUGAAGGGGAGCCUAACUGAAAUAUUACUUUACAACUCCAUUGAAGACGAAACAUUGGAUUGCUUUGACGGGAUUUGAUGGCUUUAUUUGGAUUGUUCCUGUCUGGACUUGGAAUGGGGGUAUAUAGACUUACGCAUCCUGCAGGUGACUCCCUAAACUCCAGGCCAGACCAAGAGCAAGGACUACUUGCCAACUACGAAUGCUUCAACUAUUCAAGGCUUUCUCCUUUCCUCGUCAGGAAUAAUGUAGAUGAGACUGGAGGUGCUUAGGCUGUUUUGGUGGCUUAUUUGGAGUCGAUGCAAGGGAAACCUGACUACAAAAUAUUACUUUACAACGCCAUUGAAGGAACAAUGGAGAUGCUUGGGCUGGAUUGAUGAAGUCGCUGCAAGGACAACUUGCCAGCUAUGAUUUCAAGACAAAGGGGCGGCAGGUAGCCUAGUGGUUAAAGUGUUGGACUUGUAACCGUAAGGUUGCCAGAUCGAAUCCCUGAGCUGACAAGGUUUGUUCCUGUCUGGAUUUGAAUGGGGUAUAGACUGCUGCAUCCUGCAGGUGAUUGACAAUGCCAGACCACUUGGCUUGACCACCACUGGCAGGGUUCAGUGACGUGUGGAUCAAUGGGCAAUCCCUGUGGUUACAUCUUUGGGGUUGGCAUAUUUAGGGUGAUGAAAUGUUUUAUAAAUCAUUCAACCCAAUCAUGCUAUUUCUUGAGCAAAUCAGACAGGCUGAGAUUAUUUGGUAUAUUGGUCGGGUGCAGUUGAAUAUAAAUCCCCAGUCAGAGGGUUUAUUAAUAAUUGCGGGUGAACAAAAGCUGACCUGCACUAGUUCAUAUGACCCCAACUGUUCUAUCCCGGGGAGUGGAGCAUUGCAUAAUCCUGACAUGUCAGUGUUUCUUAACAAAUGUACCACAAUGAAAUGAUUGUAUUACCUCAAUUGUAGGCCCAACUGCAUGAAAAUGAUUUUCAAAUAGUGUAAAAUAAAGUGACCCUUAUCAGUCAUGUCAUAAAUCCAUAACUGAUUGUUUAACUGUUUAAUAAAGACAAUGGCACAACA